AAAGCUUUCAGUCAAGGAUCGAUUGGCAACUUUUUCUAUGUCAACUUCAUGAUAAGUGAAUUUUCCUACCUGAAUAUCUCCAGUAUUGGGCGGAAUCUUAUUAAAGACGAAAACGAUUGUGGCUACGCCUGUCUAGAAAUUCCUUCGUGUUUUUCCUACAACGUGGCCGCCUUUCCUGAUGUCAACGGUAAGCUUCUUUGCGAACUCCUGCCCUCGGACAAGUUUAACAACUCGAACAAGUUCAACGCCAGCAAAGAGUUUCAUCACUUUUAUAUUCCGGUAAGUCAAACUUCUAAUUAAUCAUAAAUGUUCCUUCCGGGGAAAAUAGAAAGCUUCUUCUUGUUUGUUUUGUGUGUUUAGUUUCUUUCGACUCUCCCUAGUUUCGAAAGUUACGUAUCUCUUUGAUUGGAAAAUCUUGAAUGCAGCAGAGGAUUAGAUUGUGCUUUUAAUGCAAAGACAUUGACUAAUGAGUUUGGGUGAGCCUUACCCUUUAGACUCUUAAUUGAACCGUCUGCUGACACCCAAACAUACUUGAUGAAAUCGAUAUAUUUAUCUUCGAAUGCCCUAAACGUUAACGAGGGAGGAGUUGCAGGCAGAGCUCUCGACUGUUUUAUUUGCUGACAAAAAGCGUUUAGUUCGCAAAGCACAUUUUUUUACCAUGAAGUUUCCUCAUUUAUUUGUUUGCCUAUAUUUGACCUGCCUUAAAAGUUACAGAAACGUUUUAAAACUCUUAGUUUAGGCUGAUCUGCUGCCGGUUAAAUAGAUCGACUAUAUCAGGACAACGUCUUGAAAGGCAAAUUUCUGGGUAAAUGAGACAGCGUUGACUUUCAAAACCUCACUAAAAACUCAACUAAGCAAAUCCAGCGGGGAGUGCAAAAGAUAAAAAUAUAUAUUACUUGCCGUCCUUAAUUAUAUCCAUGUCAUUUAAGCAUCGACAUGAAUGUCAAAUUCGUUGCUUCUUGAAUUCAUGAAACAAAGCAAAAGGGAAACGAAGAAAAUUCAAUCCCAACGUUUCCUUACUGAAAGUUAACUGAGGCCCCGAAACUUUCUCAUUUUCUAGUGCUUUUCUUGUUCUGUUUGGACAUUACUAUGGCAACACAAAACACCUAACCUGUUCACCUAUGGGAACAUUCAAUCGAGGGAAUUCGUAUCCAUUAAACGUUCCAGGCAAUAAAGGAAUUUAAACGAGUUAACUGCCUUGUUGAAACAAUUUUAAUUGUACCUAGUUCUUCUUCCUUUUUCACAUAAGAGAAGCACGUUGCCCCUAUAAUGUUUGCCUGAUUUAAUGGGAUAUUGCCAUAGCAACGCACAUUUAAAGAUAAAAUAAUGAACUGUUCGCGAUCGUGUUUCGUUAUCAUAAAAAACCGCUUUUGUUAUUGCGUCACAAGAAAUACAUGUUACUAGCGGUAGAAGUGCUAUACUAUGAAAAACCAAGCAUCAAAUUUUCUAAAAAUCGGAGACAAUAAUUAAGGGACUUAUCAAAGUCUGCUUUACAUUUGUUAGAGCUGCGCAAAAUUCCCGUUACUUGAUCUCAUUAUUAUUAUUAUUAUUAUUAUUAUUAUUAUUAUUAUUUCUUAAAAUGUUUAAAGCAGCUUUUUUUUGGAAUUGUAUAUAGCCAAAAGUUUCCUAUUAUCGCCAGCAUUAUUAUUUAUAAGAAUGACUGACCGAAGAAAAUUAAAACCUAGACGCAAAUGGACGGAACAAAUGAAUGCCGAUCUUCUAAGCUGCAAACGAGAGGCCGUGGCUAUGACACUAUUGGAACAACCACCGCUGGAUGGUAAUGGGAGGAAAAAAGGCUAUAUCAGAAUUAUGAGUGAGCUCUGGGAUGCGAAAGGAUACGGAGAUCUCGGACUCUCAAGCCAGAACUUACGAGAUCAAGCAGCUAGACUUGAGAAAACGCUAGAAGAGAGCUCAGAAAACCUAUCGUGGGAGGCACAGACGGACGCAAAUUCAAGAGUUCUCGCUCAAAGAAUCGUGUCUACGGAUGCUCAAAUCGGAGCAAACUCGAGAGGCUUUACUUCUUUUCCCAUAAAUACAGAUUUCUCUAUUCUUGAAGAAACAGGGAGUGAGUCACAAUAUGCUAAUCUGUUAGCCUCAUCAAACCAAGAUUUACAUAUAGCUAGUUCUCCUCAAAUCCCAGGAGACGCAGAGCAGAAAGAGCAAAGUGAAAACCACUUAAACAGCCCGGGAUGCCUUCCAGAGUACAAUACCAUUUACAAGCCAUCUAUGAUCAACUGGGGGGAAACGAAGCGAUGGUAAUGCAAUUGUUAUAUCGACGUCAGUCAUAACAGAUGCUUACAACGAGAUCGCAACCUGGAGAAAACGUAUUCCUUGUACCGUAUGGGAAAAUAGGAAGGAAUUUUAUUGAUCAAGUGACUUUCCAUAUUAAUGACUGGAAUAGUGGUUCCGACAAUCAGCACAUAUCCCUGAAAGCAGCUUUUGUGCUUCUCGCUGUAGGGCUCCAAAAGCCAAGCCCGAAGUCUAAGGCAAAAGAUCAUCA